GCUUUAAAGAAAAGAAAAGAAAGGAUGGGAAUGGCGCCAAUGUUCGCGCCAAAAACACCAAGAAGAUUUUCCCAUAGGGUUUAUGAUGUUUCGUUCAUAAUCACAAAGAUUCACAAAACACUUACUUCAAUUUCUCCACACAAAAGUUAAUUCCAAAUUUCCAUAUCCCCAUCGGAUCGGAUCCAACAUGGAGAAGGACAACAACGCCGUCCCAGCGCCGACGGGAUGCUUCAAGUGCGGGAAGCCGGGCCACUGGUCUCGUGAUUGCCCUUCCUCCGCUCCAAAUCCCAAUCCUACUUCCAAUUCUUCCACACCUUCUUUCUCCUCUCCUCCUGCUGCUCCUUCAAAAGCUGUAGAGAAGCCAAAGAAAGCCCCCAGAACCAGGCCCAAGCUCACUCCUGAGCUACUCCUUUCCGACGAUGGUCUAGGUUACGUCCUUCGCCAUUUUCCUCGUGCUUUCAAGUAUCGUGGCCGUGGACACGAGAUCAAUGAUUUGGAAAAUCUUAUUGGAUUAUACAGGGAAUGGCAUUCUCAUAUACUCCCCUAUUACUCUUUCGAGCAUUUUGUACAUAAGGUGGAACAAGUAGCUGCUACGAAACGUGUAAAGAUGUGUCUUGGAGAACUAAGAGAGAGAGUUGCCAGGGGAGGGGAUCCUACAAAGUGGCGUGAGGCACCAAUUUUAAAUGAUGAUGAUGAUGAUGUCAACAAUGAAAAAGAAGCCAAGGAUCCGGAUGAUGUAUUCGAUAAUCAGGAAGAGGCGUCUUUGAGGAAUAAUGGUGCUGAUGACAUUGAAGAGGACAUGCUUCAGGAAGUUUAUGAGAAAGCUACGGAAGAACCGUUGCAGAAUGAACAAAGUGAUUCCUUAACCAUUGGUGGAACUAUGGAAGGUGUGGCCAACCAAGAACCAAAGACUAGCAAUUCAAGUGAAACAAGUGAGCUUACAGAGGAACAGAGAGUUCGAAUGGAAGCAAACAGGUUGAAGGCCUUAGAAAGAGCUGCAGCCAAGGCCCGCUCGUUGCCUACUGUUUAGAUAAACAUUCAAAGUGAUGGUUUUUGGCUUGGAAAGGUUCAACCACCUUAGGGAGUUUCUUCCUCAAAUCUCCAAUUUUUUUCCCUAAAUUUCGACGAAUGAGUCCUUGGAAUGUCAAUUCGGAAUUUUAGAUGCUCAUUUUGAAAGGUUUAUAUUAAAUUGUUAAUCAUAUGAGCCUGCAUUGUAAAUUAAUAAUUUUAAGUUUAUAAAUCAUUUUCUUUUGUA